AUCACCGCGUGCUCGCUAUACCUCGCUAGCGCCAUUCUGUUUCUCGUCGUUACUCCCUCUUUCUCAUCCCUCUUUCCGCCCAACCAAGAUGCCCAGCCUCGUCACGGUAGCCAUCACUAUCGCGACUCUUGCCCUUUUCCUCAAGCCGGUGUACGACCGCGCCGUGACAUUCGGCGCGUUCCGCUCGCCCACCGCCAUCUUCCACAACGCCGGUGCCGGUGACUUGCGCUUCAUCGACGGCGCGGACUGCGAGGACCUGCAUCUCCACGAGUCCGGCUCCAUCUUCACCGCGUGCCAGGGCACGCAGGGGACCCGCGCGAAGUGGUUCCCUCCCCUCACGAACUUCGACGACCCGACCUCGGCAGGAGACGGCGAGCUGCGUGUCAUCGACCCCAAGACCUUUACUUCGCGCAAGCUCACGCUCGACGGCUUCGACUCGUUCUUCUGCACGCACGGCAUCGACAUCAUCGAGGAUCCCAAGAGCAGCCGGGCCAUCUACAUCCAUGCGGUGAACCACGCGCCGAGCGACGAGUUCAUGCAGAGCCGCAACGCGUCGCUGCCGGCCGAGCGCAAGGCGGACUCGCGCAUCGAGAUCUUCCACCACGUUGUUGGGUCCGAUAAGGCGACGCAUGUCCGCACUGUGCGCCACGGCCUGAUCCAAACACCGAACGAUCUGCUCGCGACCGGCCCGACGUCGUUCUUCGUCACCAAUGACCACUUCUACCGCGAGGGCGCGAUGCGCAAGAUUGAGGACUUUGCGACUCGCGCCCUCGCGCCAUGGAGCAACACUUUGCAUGUAGUCUCGAACGCCAAGGAGAGCGGGUACGAUGGCGUGGACGCUGUUCACGCCCUCACGGGGCUGCACAACAACAACGGCAUCGGGCGUCGCCCGGGUGGCAUCGUCGUGUGCGACACGUCGGGCGGUGUCGCAUACCUCGCCCACGUAGAGGGUCGGAGCAUCAAGCUGGACGAGCAGAUUGCGUACCAGAGCACGAUCGACAACCCGUCCUGGUUCACGGACAAGUAUCCUGGCGACAACGAUCGCUCAGGCAUUGUCCAGGCCGGUCUCGCGCGGGCAAUCACCGUACACGAGGACGUACACGGCGGCAAAGGCAUUCCGCCAAUUGUGUGGCUCAGCUCCGGAGCGCCUGGUAAGGGAUGGAACACGAGCCUGCUCUUCACGGACGAUGGGCAGAGCCUGUCGUCCUCGAGCGCGGCGAUCCUGAUCUCCAUCGACCCCGCGACAACAGACAAGAAACAGGCAUGGCUCUUCGUCAGUGGGUUUGGCUCGCGCCGCGUCGUCGCAACCAAGGUCGAUCUGUAGAGUAUAGGUUGUGCAAAUAGUUUCAUUAAGCGUCCAAGGGACAUGCCGGGCGCCCCUGCCCGCGCGCCAGCAUGUCAUGCACCAUGUCGUCGGCGAGCUG